UCGGACUCGGACAGUGAGGGCGGUCGGUGCCCGCUGCCAGCCGCCGACUCCCUCAUGCACCUGACUGAGGCUCCUUCGGCCAAGCCUUCGCUGGCGGUGGCGGUGGACUCGGCUCCGGAGGUGGCAGUUAAGGACUUGCCACAUUGCUGGGAUUUAUUAACUUUUUACUUUCACCUGGACUGACUCUGGGGCCCAGAGAUUGUUGUGUCUAUUCCUUUGCAUCUCCAAAUCCUGGAAUACAAGAUUAAGGGAAAUAUAUUUGGAAAGAGAAUGGAAAAAGAAGAUUUGGAGACUGGAGUUCACCUUGACCCUGCUGUGAAAGAAGUUCAAUAUAAUCCUACCUAUGAGACCAUGUUUGCUCCUGAGUUUGGACCAGAAAAUCCCUUUAGAACACAGCAAAUGGCCGCCCCUAGAAAUAUGCUGUCUGGGUAUGCUGAACCAGCUCACAUCAAUGAUUUCAUGUUCGAACAGCAAAGAAGAACUUUUGCUACAUACGGUUAUGCAUUAGACCCUUCGUUAGAUAAUCACCAAGUGUCUGCUAAAUAUAUUGGCUCUGUAGAAGAGGCUGAAAAAAAUCAAGGUUUAACUGUCUUUGAAACUGGCCAGAAGAAAACAGAAAAGAGGAAAAAGUUCAAAGAAAAUGAUGCAUCUAAUAUUGAUGGUUUCUUGGGACCCUGGGCAAAAUACGUGGAUGAAAAAGAUGUAGCUAAACCUUCAGAAGAAGAACAAAAGGAAUUGGAUGAAAUCACAGCAAAGAGGCAGAAAAAAGGCAAACAGGAAGAUGAGAAACCUGGGGAGGAGAAAACAAUCCUGCAUGUUAAAGAAAUGUAUGACUAUCAAGGCAGGUCCUACCUUCACAUACCUCAAGAUGUUGGUGUUAAUCUACGGUCAUCUGUUCCACCUGAAAAGUGUUACCUUCCCAAAAAACAAAUUCAUGUGUGGUCUGGACACACAAAGGGAGUCAGUGCAGUCAGAUUGUUUCCUCUCUCUGGCCAUUUAUUGCUGUCUUGUUCCAUGGACUGCAAAAUUAAGCUAUGGGAAGUUUAUGGAGAGAGACGCUGUCUGCGAACAUUCAUUGGUCACAGCAAAGCUGUUAGAGACAUCUGCUUCAACACUGCAGGAACACAGUUUCUAAGUGCAGCCUAUGACAGAUAUCUUAAACUCUGGGACACGGAGACAGGACAAUGUAUAUCAAGAUUUACAAACCGAAAAGUGCCCUAUUGUGUCAAAUUCAAUCCUGAUGAAGAUAAGCAAAAUCUCUUUGUGGCUGGGAUGUCUGAUAAAAAGAUUGUACAAUGGGACAUCCGAAGUGGAGAAAUUGUCCAGGAAUAUGAUCGGCAUUUGGGAGCCGUCAACACCAUUGUUUUUGUGGAUGAGAAUAGGAGAUUUGUGAGCACCUCUGAUGAUAAGAGCCUUAGAGUUUGGGAGUGGGAUAUCCCCGUGGAUUUCAAGUACAUAGCAGAACCCAGCAUGCAUUCCAUGCCUGCAGUGACUUUGUCUCCAAAUGGAAAAUGGUUAGCGUGCCAAUCCAUGGACAACCAAAUCUUAAUUUUCGGAGCACAGAACAGAUUCAGGUUAAAUAAGAAAAAAAUUUUUAAGGGCCAUAUGGUUGCAGGCUAUGCUUGUCAGGUAGACUUUUCACCAGACAUGAGCUAUGUGAUUUCAGGAGAUGGAAAUGGAAAGUUAAAUAUCUGGGACUGGAAGACCACAAAACUGUACAGUCGGUUUAAAGCUCAUGACAAGGUGUGCAUAGGCGCAGUGUGGCAUCCACACGAAACGUCGAAGGUCAUCACGUGUGGUUGGGAUGGUCUCAUCAAACUGUGGGAUUAAUGGGAACAGUCCUUCAACUACCUAGGAUCAUUUUUGAUCCGAAGUCGUAUUUAACUAUAUUUAAUUAUUAAAUAGUAGAUGAGAGCUGGAUUUAUAGAUAAAGUUUUCCUUGUAUGGCCUUAUAAAAUUGAACCUUUGUUCACAAAGAAAAGUUUGUAAAUUUGCCUCAUAUAAUUUCAUUGGUAAUUUCCUUUUGUUCUUCAUAAGUGUUAUUUAAACAAAGAAUGACCAUUGACUUCCUAUUUGACAAGCCAUUCUUGUUGCUGGGCAGUUUGUAUUUAUCCCCAUAUGACAUUCCUGAAAGGAUCUCUUUGGUGUCAAGAAAGAAUCCCUUAUUGGGUUUGGGAUCCAGAGAAAAUAAUGUAAUGAAUGACUAAGAAAGAUAUCGUAUACUUACCAGUUCAACUAAAAGGGUGAUAAAGAACAGGGAUAGUGUAAUUUAAUACAUACUUUUGAAAAAAUAAAAUCACUCCCAAUUAUUGUACACAGUACAUUUAGUGGAUUGAGUUCUACUCUUUGGCUUCCUAAAUUCCAGUUGGUUUGUUUUUUUUUAUAUAUGUUCUGUACUUUUAGUUGUAAAUCAGUAAACUUCUUUGAUUGCAACAUCCUGGUAAUUAUUAAACAAUGUAAAAUUAAAAAUCAGUCCAAAGGUCUUAUCCUUGACAUGCUUCCUCAUCAGUGUAGACAGGAAGCAAAGAAUUACAUUAUUUCUGCAGCUGGAACUCAAGAGAAUGAGCCAGGGUUCUGAACUGAUGUUCACUGUCAGUAAGGACCUGGCCACACCCUCAGACAUCACUGCUGAUGUCUCCUAUAUCGAGGCCGCUGAAAUCCCCUCAGAGGAGGAAGGGCAUGACGGCAUCUUUGAAAGCCUUCUGAUUUGGUUGUAGAUACAAAAAGCAGAACUUUUUAAGAUUAUACAAAAACGAAACCUCUUUCCAAAUAUUUAGAGGAAAAAAGUUGACACUACAGGACGAUAUCUAGAGUUCUGCAGUCUGAGAGGCAAUGACUGUGCUU